ACGAAAUAUUAGACAAAAAAUUGUCUUUUAAUCGCUCUCGUAUUAUUUUCUCUCGUAGAUCAAGCUACAAUGUCGAUAAGAGUGACGAGGUGUGUUUCAUAUCAGUAAUUAUAUUUCGGAGGUUGUGACUUCAAAUAACCUGAAAUUAUAUUGUUUUAGAUCAGGAUAAAUCAAGAGCUCGCAUUAGCUGGCGAGUUUCUUCAUCUUUUGAUCAUAAUACUGGGUGAGCAUUAUAGUUAGUAAAUCAUGAUGCAUGCACUGUAACCCUGCAUGCUUAUUACAGAAUAUGUUUCAAUGAAUGGACGACUUGCGCUUUAGACUAAAUUUUAAUCUAAGUAAGAACAACGAAAUUUAUCACCAUAGCGAGAAAGAGCGUCGUAGAAUUAGUAAUAUUACAAAGUUUGGUUGCGAAAUGUUGUAAAAUACGGAAAAUAUAGCCCUUCAAAGUUGGCAAAUUUGUAUACUUUUGUAUUACGUGCGUGAAUUGGUAACUAAAUUAGUUACCAAUUUCCGCACGUAAUAGAAAUGUAUACAAAUUUGUCAACUUCGCAGGGCUAUAUUUUCCGUAUUUUACAACAUUUCGCAACCAAACUUUGCAGUUUUUCUAAUUUUGAUAACUUCUUUCCGAAGAUAUCCUUUGUUAUAUUCCCAGAUUAAAAUUUUUUCUAAAGCGCAAGUCGUCCAUUGUGUUAUUGUAAUUCUGUUUCAAAUAAUUUUUGAAUGAAUAAAUCAACUCUGCCAGAUUGGUAUCAGUGGAGAGACUAUUCCAUUGUUUAGCCCCACUAUACUUGAAGCUCUUUUUGAGGAAUUCACUUUUACUGUUCUAUAGGCUUCGCAAGGGCUAAAUCAGUGUGACCAUUUCUAAGGUCAUAAUAGACAAUUCCCAUUAUAGACUAAUUUUAAAAUUAGGUAAGGAAACUCAAAUAAAUCACCACAGCUAGAAAGAGCAUACUAAAAUUAGUAAAAUUACAAAGUUUGGUUGCGAAAUGUUGUAAAAUGUGAAAAAUAUAGCCUUGCAAAGUUUGCAAAUUUUGUAUACUUUUGUUUUGCUUGCAGAAAUUCCUACCACAUUCCUACCACAUUUAGGGCCUAUUCAUAUGGGCAAAAGUUAUCCCAGUUAACGAGAAAACUUUUCGACUAGCCAAAUACUUUUGUUCUGUUCAUAUGGAGAAACUUUAUCCCGCUUACCGGGUAAAGUUUUCGGCUGUGACGUGGCACUGAACAUCAAUUGAAUUGAAAAGUUGCUGACACGACAGAAAGUUAUCCCGCUAUAAACGGGAAAGUUGUAUUCAUAUGGGAAAAACAUCCCGGUCACCGAGAUCUCGCCUGUCAACAAGCGAGAUCUCGGUACACGGGAAAACUUUUUGUCUCAUAUGAACGCAAUGUAACUUUUCAUAUUAUUUUCAUACCAAGGCGAGAUCUCGCUUGUAAACUUGUCGAAAAGUUUUCUCGCUAACCGGGAUAACUUUUGCCCAUAUGAACAGGCCCUUAGGCCGAAAAUGUCGCACGCAAUACAAAAGUAUACAAAAUUUGCAAACUUUGCAAGGCUAUAUAUUUUCCACAUUUUACAACAUUUCGCAACUAAAUUUUGUAAUUUUACUCAUUUUAGUAUGCUCUUUCUAGCUGUGGUGAUUUAUUUGCAUCUCCUUGCCUAGUUUUAAAAUUAGUCUAUAAUGGGAAUUGCCUAUUAGUUUACAUCUGAUUGUGUCUUAUCAAGGACUCUUUCAAAUUAGGUCCUGUAUUCAAGACUUUGUACAAUAGUAUUGAUUUAGUUGUACAUCGCCUUGUUUCUAAAUUAUCGCAAGUAAGAGAUCGAAGAAUAUCAGCAGAGCUGGUCUCGUCGCUAGCGCCAGCUAUACAGUAAUUCGGGCUGCACGAUUUGGAAAUUUUCGGAGUUUAUCUUUCAGACGCCCCAUGCAGAUGACGUGCAUGAAGUAUUUAGUAAGAAUAUAGGCAAUUCCAGUUAUAGACUAAAUUUUGAUCUAGGCAAGAAGAACAAAAUCCAUCACCACAGCUAGAAAGAGCAUGUUAAAAUUAAUAAGAUUGCAAACUUUGGCCGCGAAAUGUUGUAAAAUGCGGAAAAUAUAGCCCUGCGAAAUUUGCAAAUUUUGUAUUAAUUUGUAUUACGCGCGGGAAAAUGCACCACAUUUGGGCCGAAAGUGGUGCAUUUUCCCGCGCGUAAUACAAAUUUAUACAAAAUUUGCAAAUUUCGUAAGGGCUAUAUUUUCCUCAUUUUACAACAUUUCGCAACCAAACUUUGCAAUUUUACUAAUUUUAACAUGCUCUUUCUAGCUGUGGUGACAGAUUUUGUUCUUCUUUCCUGGAUCAGAAUUUAGUCUAUACUGUAGCUGCAUUCAUCCAUUGAUUACAUACGACUGACGUAUUUUUUGCUGGUACAGGAGAAAGAUACAAUGCUGUUGUCGGUCAAGUAGACAGUGAGAGUGAAUUGAGACGUGAAGUUAUUCAUAGACUGUGUUUGGGCGAUAUGUCUAGGAGUGAGCUUAUGCGCGGAUUGCCUUUGACAGAAUCUGAGGUAAGCGUGCACCUUAAUUGGACGUACACGCGUAAAAAUUUCACAUCUUGUAGCAAGUCUGCCAGCGAGCCGUCAACAAGUUGUGUUCGCACUGCUUGUCCCAAGUUGUCAACAAGUUUGCAACAAGCUGUUAACAACUUGUAACAACCUUGUUGCUAUUAUCAGACUUGUUGCAAGGUUGUUCCAACAAGUCCAAUACAAUCAUGAUAUAACAAUAUUGUUACAACCUUGUGUCGUCAACCUUUCGGCAACAUUCUUGUUACAUCAUGCAUGAAUGUAUCACACUUAUUAGAACAACCUUGUAACAAGUCUGAUAAUGCCAUCAAGCUUGUUGCAGGUUGUUAACAGCUUGUUCCAAACUUGUUACAACAACUGGGAACAAGCAGUGCGAACACAACUUGUCGACAGCUUGUGAACAGAUUUGUAACAACUUGUUUGCAGACCUGUAGCAACUUGUGCGUUUUUACACACGUAAAAACGCACGAGUUGUUACAGGUCUGCAGACAAGUAACGAGUAUUUCAGCCAAGUGGUCGGUAAAAGUAUUUAAUUAAUGCAUUCCUCUUUGUAGUAUCAACGUCGUGGAAAAAUAGAUGAAGUCAUUGCUUCGGUAGCAACUUUCAAGUAA